CACCAACAGAUGUGGGCACUCGGGAAUCCUUAUCAAUGUUAACAGUGUCAAGCGGUUAUUGACCACGAAUGACAAUGCCUUGUCAUCGGCUAACUGAUGCUUUGUAUUAACAGUCAGGUCUGCUACAAGUCUUCGCUUUUCAUCAAAAUUUAAGUGGACAUGGUUUCGAACACUUGAACAUCAUUAAAUUUAUUCUAACUAUGGCCAAUUCAUUCUUCACGCUGUUUCUGUCGAGUAUCGCCCUUUCAUCAAUUUACUGGUUAUGGAUGAGAGCGUUAGCUUGGUCUGCCAGAAACAAAGCAGGAUGUUCUUCCGCGGUCAAGUACAAACACCUCGACCCAUUUUUUGGAUUUGACCUCCUCAGCAAAAAAAUACAAUACACGAAAGCCGGAAACUUAUUGGCUCUAGACGAUGAGUUGUUCGCAAAAUAUGGAAAGACGUUGCAUACAUUAUUUUUUGGUAGAAAUCACUGGAUGACUAUGGAUCCUUUGCUUAUCCAAACUGUCGCCGCUACUGAAGCUGAUAAGUUCGGAAGCGCACCUUCAAACCGCAAGCCUGCUGGGCCAUUGCUAGGCGAUGGUGCUUUUACUACCGACGGGCAUAUGUGGAAGAGAUCUCGAGAGCUUCUCCAACCAGUCUUCAGUCGUUCACAAGUCUCGCAAUUAUCAGGGUUGAAAUCUCAUAUGGAACGUUUCCUCGAACGUAUUCCUCGAGACGGUUCCACGAUUGAUAUUCAACCUCUCGCUCAAGGCCUUUUCUUAGAUAGUUCUAUGGAGUUUAUCUUCGGCAAGUCUUCUGGUACUCUUUCACCAUCCGAAAAGUGAGUAUACCCAUCAUUGUCACAUGAUUUGGUUGCAAUUCGCUUACAAGAAGUAGAACUGUCGAAGCCAAACAAUUCUCUGAAGACUUUGACGAGGGUCUCCGAGGAAUGCGAAACAACUACAUGACAGACAAAAUUUCCUGGUUGGUUGGACCUGACAAGAAAUGGCUUGCUCAAUGCGCCAAAAUCCAUUCUACCUUGGAAGGUUACAUUGACGAGGAGAUUGAGAUCCAAAAGCAGUCAAAAUUGUUGGGCCAGCCAACCGACACCACUGAUGAGUCAUCGGCCUACAAGCAUAUCCUUCUCAAAGAGCUUGUUAAAAAGUACCCGAAUGACAAGACUCUCAUCCGAAAUGAACUCAUGAAUGUCUUCUUCGCGGCGAGAGAUUCUGUUGGAACAGUAACUUCCAGCAUGCUGUUUCUUCUUGCAAGAAGCCCAGAAAGCUGGGAGAAAUUGAGGAAAGAAGUUGCUGCUAUCCCACCAGAGCAAGAGUUAACUUUUGAGUUUCUCAAGUCUUUGAAAUAUGUGCAGGCUGUGAUCGACGAGAGUGAGUUGAAAUGGCUGUGCCCUGUGAUGAUCUUCAACUAACACACACACAGCACUUCGACUUAUACACCCUGUCGACCGAGCUUGGAGGACAUGUUUAUCGACUUGUAUCCUCCCUCGCGGUGGUGGCAAGUGGGGGAACGACCCUAUUUUACUACAGCCAGGCGAUCAGAUCGAGCUAAUAUAUGGUUGCAUGCACAAAGAUAAAGAUAUCUGGGGCGAAGAUGCAUCCAAGUUCAAUCCAGAUAGAAUGGUCAGGUUCAAACACAGUUGGAAGUUUAUUCCGUUUUCUGGAGGGCGUCGCACUUGUCCUGCUCAGCAGAACGCAUACACUGACAUGGCAUUCUUCCUGGUGAGAAUGGUCCAAGAGUUUAAGACGAUUCAAAAUCGGGAUGACUGCUUCGAAUAUGUCGAAGAGUAUGUUAUGACCAAAUCGAGCCGGAAUGGUGUCAAGGUUGCAUUCUCGGUCGAUUAAGAACUUGAGAACGAACUUGGGCAUUGGGUGAAUGAGUAUGUGUAUGUGUAUGUGUAGAGCAAUGUCAUCGCUUAUUAAGCUGAAUUUAGCACGCACCUCAAUUUUGAAAUUCAGUAAGCUCCGUGGUUCCGUGAUCUCCAACAUGGGCGAGAGUGGGACAGGAAUAGAAAUAACAAAUAACCUUGACCUUACGACCUUAGCGGUAGGACCAUCAAAGGGGCCGAGGAACCAAAAA